UACAAAAAUUAAUAAAAAUAAUAAAAUUAAUAAUAAAAUUAAUGAUAAUUCAACACAUACCAAUAAUGAAAAGAUGAUUGUAAAAAAUUUGGCCCAAAUCAUACCAAUCGAUCUAUUUCAUCCAUGUCAAUCGACCGAUAUUGAUCUGAUUCAUUCAAACAAUAUUAAUCAUCAAAUGGAUCAUUCAAAUGAAUUGAUUGAAAAUGUGGAUAACGAUGAUGAUGAUUAUAAUAUUGAUAAUCGAUUUCAACUUGGUCGUCGUCGUCGUCGUUAUCAAAUUGGUUUUGAUAUUUUACAAGAAAUAAUUGAACGUUCGAAUCAUUUAAAAGGUAUUGUUACCGAUAUGAUACGUAAAAAUCUGGUAAAAGAUUGUUUACAACUUAAACUACCGAAUAUAUUUCGUAUACCUGAUCCACCAUACGAUAAUAUAUCGAAAUCAAUGAUUUUAAUCUAUCAAACAUUGGCCAAUCAAACAGCACAUCUUUAUUCAUUAUGGAAUCAACAUAAACAACAUUCAUUAAACAAUGAUAAUUGUUUACUAUUUCGACAUCAUAUAGAAACGAUUACAAUCAAACAACAACAACAACAACAACGGCAACAACAAUCUGAUAAAAUAUCCGAUCCUAGAGAUAAUGAUGAUCAACCACAACGAUCGAUGAUACCAAAAAUGAAAUUAUUACGGCAAAAUAAUUUAUUAAUAGAGGAAAAUUUUUUCCAUGUUAGCAAUAAUCUACGUAGCCUAUUAUGUUAUCUAAAUCAGGCAAUCAUUUUAUUUCGGAUACCGGUACCGAUCGAACCAAUCAUUCAACAAAUAAUAUCUCAACCAAUCGAUUCAAUUGAACGACAACAUCUUUCAUGUGCUCGGAAAUCAAUAUUCGAAUGUCAAUUAAUGCGUGAUUCGGUUCGAUUAUUCAAUGAUUUGGAACAAUUUUUUCGUAAUGAAUCACAUCGAUUUUUUUCUAGCUGAAAAAUAAUUAAUUGAAAAUUCUGUUUUGUUUUUGUUAAAAAUGUUUGUAAAUAUUAUUUGAUGAUUAUUAUUUUGAUUCUAUUU